AUGCCAAUUCCCGCGUAUCGAAUUGCCUCUAUUCCAGGCGAUGGCAUCGGACCCGAGGUUGUCAGUGCCACGAUCCAAGUUGUAGAAAAACUUGCCAAAGCGCUAGGAACAUUUCAGAUAGAAUUCAUCCACAUUCCAUGGGGUACAGCAUAUUACAAGCAGCAUGGCCAAUACAUCUCAGAAGGCGCCCUAGACACAUUACGCCAGUUUGAUGCGGGGCUCUUCGGUGCCGUAGGUGCCCCAGGUAAGCCAAAUAGUACACAGCCCUACAUUUCGUUUUCUCACAGACAGAUAGAUGUGGCAGAUCACAUCUCGCUAUGGGGACUUCUUCUCGCUAUUCGUGGCCCACUACAAUUGUACGCGAAUGUUCGUCCCGUACGGACUUUCCCAGGAACCAAGUGCCCUCUUCUGACUGCCACCGAUGGCAUAGACUGGAUGCUCGUUCGCGAGAAUUCAGAAGGAGAAUAUGCUGGCCAGGGAGGUCGAUCACAUGUGGGUCAACAGUGGGAAACUGCCACCGAAGUAGCCAUAUUCACCCGUGUUGGCAUUGAGCGCAUCAUGCGCUUCGCUUUUGAGACGGCGCAGUCGAGACCCCGGAAACAUCUUACCGUCGUUACUAAGAGUAACUCUAUGCGGAAUGGUAUGGUUCUCUGGGAUGAGAUAGCUGCUUUUGUUGCAAAGGAUUUCCCGGAUGUCACUUGGGAUAAGAUGCUCGUUGACGCCAUGACUGUACGCAUGGUUGCGAAGCCUCAGUCUAUUGAUACCAUCGUUGGCACCAACUUGCAUAUGGACAUACUUUCAGAUCUUGCUGCUGCACUGGCUGGAUCUAUUGGUGUGGCGCCAAGUGCUAAUUUGGACCCGACUCGGAAGAACCCGUCGCUCUUCGAACCUGUUCAUGGAAGUGCGUUUGACAUUACUGGGAAAGGCAUUGCUAAUCCUGUUGCUACUUUCUGGUCGGCAGCGGAGAUGCUCACUUGGAUUGGAGAGAAGGAUGCUGCUGAUAAGCUUAUGCAGUAUGUGGAACGUGUCUGCGCGGCGGGAAUUCUGACUCCUGAUCUAGGAGGAACAUCGAGUACGCAGGACGUCGUCGACGCUGUCUGUGUAGAGAUUGGGAAGCUCAAUGAGUGA